AUGACGGUGAAGACGGUCAAGAUUGGAUAUUCCACUCCGCAGACUGGACAGUCAUACAACAUUUCUGGAUCUUCAAUUGUUUCCCAAAAUCUCGUGGACCUCCCUGCUAACCUUCCUGAACCAUUUCCUAGCUCCGGCGCAAAUCUCCAAAACCCCCCACCUCGUGGAAAGAAAUUCCUCCCAAACGUCCCUCCUGCACGAUACAGCAAUAUGGUUCUCAACCAAGCGAAAGUAAAGUCCGUCAUGAGCGGCGACAGCCUUGUCUUAGCCUCGAUUGACAAUCCGGACCGCGAACGAGUUCUUUCACUCGCCUACUGUACAUCCCCACAUCUGAAGAAGGACGGCGAUGAGCAAUGGGCCUUCGAGUCUCGGGAUGCUUUGCGAAAGAUGGUGGUUGGGAAGCUCGUCCAAUUCCAAGUUCUUUACACCAUUCCCAACACUAAGCGAGAAUAUGGCGUAGUCUUUUUGCAAGAUGGGCGCAAGUUGCCUGAAGAGAUGAUCAGCGAAGGCUGGCUCAAGCUGAGGGAAGACGCUGGCCGAAAGGAAGACUCGGAGCAAGCUCUCCAACAACUAGACAAGCUGCGCCUCCUCGAAGCAACCGCCCGUAGUGAAGACAAGGGUUUAUGGCAACCUAGUGGUGGACGAAUCGAUGUUCAACACGACAUGGGCGAUGCGCAAAGCUUCUUGGAAACUUGGAAGGGAAAGACUGCCGACGGCCUGGUCGAGCGCGUGUUAAGUGGCGAUCGCAUGCUUGUGCGUUUGCUGAUUAGCCCAACCAAGCACAUUCAAGUAAUGACUUUGGUUGCUGGUAUCCGUGCUCCUACCACCGAACGUGUCAAUCCUUCUAAUGGACAAACACAACCCGCCGAAGAGUACGGAAAUGAAGCUCGUCGAUUCGUUGAGGAAAGACUGUUACAGCGAAACGUUAAAGUCAACAUCCUUGGUCUUAGCCCUCAGAACCAGCUAAUUGCCUCCGUUCUCCACCCCAGAGGUUCAAUUGCAAAGUUUCUUCUGGAAGCCGGUCUCGCCAGAUGUACCGACUUCCACUCAACUCUUCUUGGUUCAGAAAUGCAAGCUCUCCGUGACGCUGAGAAGGGCGCACAAAAUUCAAAACUUGGCAUUUUUAAAGAUCAUGUUGCCAAGGCUGCUGCUCCUGGAGGAAAUCUAGAGGUUCAAGUGACUAGGAUUUUCAGUGCGGAUGUUAUAUUCGUUCGAAAUAGGACAGGCGUUGAAAAGCGAAUCAACCUCAGCAGCAUUCGUGGUCCACGGCAGAACGAGGCAAGUGAGGCGCCGUUCCGAGACGAAGCAAAGGAAUUCUUACGGAAGAAAGUCAUCGGAAAGCACGUAAGAUUAAGUAUUGAUGGCUCGCGACCAGCAACCGAGGAGUAUGAUGCCAAAGAGGUUGCUACGAUUACUCUUAACGAAAAGAACAUUGGAUUACUUUUGGUCCAGGAAGGUUGGUGCUCAGUCAUUCGGCAUCGUCGAGAUGACACAGAUCGAGCUCCAAAUUAUGACGAACUUCUAAUUGCACAAGAAAACGCCAAGGAAGAGAAGAAGGGUAUGUGGUCUGGAAAACCCGCCAAAGCGAAACAAUACACCGAUGCAUCUGAAUCUCUCCAAAAAGCUAAGAUGCAAGUCGCCUUUUUACAGCGACAGAAGAAGAUCCCAGCUAUUGUUGACUUCGUCAAAGGUGGCUCAAGAUUCGUUGUUUUGAUUCCACGCGAAAAUGUCAAACUGAACUUCGUCUUGGGCGGCAUUCGAGCCCCUAAAUCGGCUAGAAAUCCUAAUGACAAGGCAGAGCCUUUCGGCCAAGAAGCACAUGAUCUUGCUUCCAAGCGACUAACCCAACGAGACGUCCUAAUUGACGUGCACACCAUUGACAAAGUUGGUGGAUUCAUUGGUGCACUCUAUAUCAAUAAUGAGUCUUUUGCCAAGAUUCUUGUUGAGGAAGGCUUUGCUACUGUCCAUUCUUAUUCAGCCGAGCAAUCUGGAAAUUCCAAUGAAUUGCAGGCUGCUGAGAAGAGAGCAAAGGAAGCAAAGAGAGGUCUAUGGGUCAACUGGGAUCCAUCGCUAGAUGUACCCGAGGAGGAAGAUGAGUCACCACAAAAUGGUUCUAACGGCGAUGCUCCUGUUACCAGAGAAAAGGAUUACCGCGACGUAAUGAUCACCAAUAUCGACGAAAGUGGAAAAUGCAAGAUCCAAAUCAUUGGAACCGGUACAUCAGCUCUCGAGACCAUGAUGACUCAGUUUAAGAGUUUCCACCUGAACCCAGCAAAUAAGGCUGGACUCACUGGCCCGCCUAAGACUGGCGAAUAUGUUGCUUCGAAAUUUUCAGCAGAUGGUCAAUGGUAUCGUGCCCGUAUACGUGCCAAUGAUCGUCCAGCCAAGGAAGCAGAAAUUGUCUAUGUCGACUACGGUAACAGCGAGAAGGUCCCAUGGGCCAAACUUCGCCCGCUAAACCAGCCUCAAUUUUCACCGCAAAAGCUUAAACCCCAAGCCGUCGAUGCCGUCCUCUCUCUCCUCCAACUCCCCACCCAAAAGGAUUACCUAGACGAAGCCAUUGCCUACAUCAACGAAAUCGCAGCCAACAAGGAGCUGGUCGCGAACGUAGAUUUCACUGCGCCCGAUGGAACUCUUCACGUCACGCUAUACGAUCAACAUACGAGCGAGAAACUCACCGACAGCAUCAACGCCGAAAUUGUCCGGGCUGGCAACGCCAUGGUUCCUACAAAGUUGAAGGGCUGGGAGCGCGGAUAUAGCGAUGUGCUGAAGGCGCUGAGGGAGAAGCAGGAUUUAGCCAAGGCGGAGCGACUUGGUAUGUGGGAGUAUGGUGAUUUGACGGAGGAUUAG